GCCAUGGUUUAGAAUGAACUGAAUGUAUGCUACAUUCUUUUUAAUGUCAAGAUUCUUUUUAACAGCACCGUCGGAUCAUUUACUCAAAAUAUUCACCAUGUCGAAGACAACCCGAUUCGAAUGAUAAAGUUACACAUGAAGGCCGCACUACUACGGGGGUCCUUUUGAGACUCUCCUCGACUCAUUGAGGGGUUGUCCAAGUAACUUUUGAUGAGUCGUCAGAGUACAGCUCCACUAACAAUAAACUUCAAUUCCUGGAUUAGUUACUUUCACGUUAUCCAUAUUUAGACUGCAGAUUUUGCUUGUUUGCGGGGACGAUGGCUGUGCUCACAGUGUUUUGUCUUUUGGUAAUAUCAGGGUGUGUAUCAGAGAGGGUUCUCGUCGCCGCAUUUUCCCAGUCCCUGGACAGUGACUUUACCUUUACCCUACCCGCUGGUCGCAAAGAGUGCUUUUUCCAGACAAUGAAGAAGGACGCAUCACUGGAAAUUGAAUAUCAGGUUCUUGAUGGAGCAGGCCUGGAUGUUGAUUUUUACCUGUCUUCACCAAGUGGGAGUAUACUGGCCAGAGACUCCCGGAAGUCUGAUGGCGUGCACACAGUGGAGACGGAGGAUGGAGAUUAUAUGUUCUGUUUUGACAACACGUUCAGUGCCGUGUCUGAGAAGAUCAUCUUCUUUGAGCUGAUCUUAGACAAUAUGGAGGACCCAGACGGCUCAGACCCUGAGGGCUGGAAGGACUACGUCCAUGGAACGGAUAUGUUGGAUAUGAAACUGGAGGACAUCAUGGACACCAUAAACAGCGUGAAGGCCCGCCUGGGGAAGAGCCUGCAGAUUCAGACAGUGCUGCGUGCGUUUGAGGCCCGGGACCGCAACCUUCAGGAGAGCAACUACGAGCGCGUCAACCUGUGGUCCUGCACCAACCUCCUGGUCAUGUUGGUGGUGUCCGCGCUCCAGGUCUACCUGCUGCGCAGCCUCUUCGACGACAAGAGGAAGAGCCGCACCUAGCACCCCUCGCCCCCCCCGGGAGAGACAUGGCCUUGCGCCAGGCCCAGACGGCAACAGAGCCCAAACUGCUGCUGGGCUGUGCUGCACAGGCAACUUUUACGUACACACACACUCACGCACACACACGUACACCCACCCACACACACACACACACACACACACACACACACACACACACACACACACACACACACACACAUUUACACACACACUUUGCCUAGCCCUAUCCGUCCAGUCAGUUUGUCUGUCUUCAGUGACUUCAGGCAGGAGGAAUAGUGGGAGGUCCCUCCUUAGCUCACUGGACUCCCCCUUCUCUCUCACUCUACUGAUGUGUUAAAGACAAUCAUUCAGUGCUGCACAGGAGCCGUGGAGAGAGAGAGCUCACUGGCGGCCGGAUUGCACACCUUAUCUCCAUCAGUCUCUGUCCAUCAAAGAGAUUUUAUUCACAUCUCCAAAGCUGCUUGAUUAAUUUAUGGAGAUGAACACAUGAAUGAGAUUGGUAGACCUAUUGGUCUAUCGUUUUAGCACACAAAGGACUAAGCCGAAUUUAGAGCAAAACAUAUUUGCCAUGUGACCUAUUUCUUACUGUAUAAAAAAAAGUUUUUAUUUGAAAGUAACCUGCAUUGACAUAAAAGGAAAUCCUGUUUACAAGUAGGGUGACUAAAGUCUUCCAGGCACUGAAGUCUUGUGACUGCACUGUCCUGUUAUUCAGUUGGCCACACCUCACCAUACUUGAAAAGUGACUUUGCUGCUGCCACACAUUACCCCCUGUAGGUAGCUUCUGUUUGUUACUGAAAUGUGUAGAGGUUUCCUCUGCUAGGUGCAUCAGAGGAUGUGGGUGGUUCCUUUCCGCAGUGACUUAGGCAGGGCUCAACAUGAAUUCUGCUUAUGUGAUAAAUGUGAUUCUGAUGAACUUACAUGCAGAUACACCCUGAUAUGCCAGGCCUGUGCUGGCUACUCACCCCUGUAAAGGGAUGCCCAACCAGCCAGCCAGCCAAAGUGUAGCUGAGUGAGGGAAAGGGAUCACUUGUUAAAUCUUCAAGGCCUAUCUAUAAUUCACCGCCUUCAAGUGCUAGCCCAUUGAGAGCUGCAUUUACAGGUGUCAGGUUUCUACCUGGCUGGAGAGCAGCCUUCCUGCCUGUUUGCAGGCCUGCUUUCCCUUUGGAGCUCUAAUGGCUGCGGUUUGCCAACAGCUGCACAGUAAACUACAGUCAUGCAGAUGACCUUAUGGUUGCUGAAAAGUGCUAUCUUUCUUUUGACAUUUUGUCUUUAGUCUAGACGAGAGAUCUGUUUCUAGCAUACAGCUCUGCAGUGUGGACUCCCAGGGGGAGUCUGGGGUACUUUCACGAUGUAGAGCACCAAUGGGGGGUGGGGGGUGGUACAUUGCUUGAGUGACAGUGAGGGAACUGCAGAUCUACUGGUUUCACCGUUUUACAUAUUUCUGGCAGGGACAUUGGUGAGCAGCUCAAUGUCCCCAUCUUCUGGAUUAAUAGGGAACCGCCAAAGAUGUAUAAAACAAAACGGUAUCUGCUUGGUACAGUGCAGGUGUACAAAGACUAACCCUAUGCCCUGUGGUUGUCCAGGAUCAUGGCUAUGAGGCUGUAUGAGUUUUUUAGGAUCUCCUGCAGUUUACAGUAGCAUGAAGUUACAGAAUUUGGGUGAAACUGAUUUUGUAAUUUAUUGAAGGUGGUUGUAUCCAGGACAGCAUAUGUUAUUUUGUACAUAUAGUAUUCUCCACUGAAGUGCUUUAUUUGCUUUGCAAAAUUGUGCCCUACUUAGGGUUUGAAAACGCAACUUGUUUGCAAGUGGAUUUGCCUAACAAAUAUGCCACACUGCCAUCCAUAGUUUUCUGACAAGCUGAUACCUGUUAUGUAAAUUCUAAGAGGUUUUUUUUUUUCUUCCCAAGAUGACUCAGACCCUAUCCAUCCAACUAUUCAUUGUAAAAUUGUGAUUUACACAUUUUCCUUAAAGCACUGUUGUGUGUGUAUAUUACUAAUGCUAUUAAUACAAUUUUUUAUGAACAGCGUGGCACUGAAGAUCAGUUUUAUUUGACCAGACCUAAUGUAGUGAAUCGGUACAUAAUUUAUCUGAGAGAUAAAAUUAAAAGCCUAAGUACAUUUUGAUGAUAGUGGAUGUGUGUUCAAAGGUGCUGUUGUUCACAUUGUCUAAAAGCACAAAUGCAUAAUUUGAAAACAUACAGGUAUGAUUUCCUUUGCCCUGUUUUCUGAUCCAACUUUCUCUUCUGUACAUAGGGAAUAUCAUUGCUAGAACAAUAUGAAUAAAAAAAAUGUUAAAUUAUUAAAACAAUUGAAUGAAGUCACUUUUUAGCACAUAUACAUGUCAUGAAUUGCGUUUACCUGGAGGCUUAUUACUGUUUUUGGAACAUCUUGCUAUUCACUUAGUCACUGCCCUACUAUACAUUCAGCACCCUGACAGCCAGCAGAAUAUCCUAAAUAACCACUGAAAUUUGUUGGUUAGAAAUAUAUCCAUUUCACAUAUUUUACAAAAUACAUAUGAAUCAAAGAAAGUAGGAGCUCAUUUUACUGGAUAAAUCAAAAUGUAAUUGUAUAUAAUUAAAUACUACUGCUUUUCUCAUG